AUAUUUGACUGUGACCUAGGAUUAAUAGGCGCUUGGUACAAGUUCCUUUUGAAAAUAUCUCCGCAGGGCGUUUCAUAAUUUGUCAUGUAACGUGACUUUUAAUUAUUCACAUGUUAUUUUUAAUGGUUUCCGGUGUUUUCAGUGCUCUUUUUAUAUAUUCAUGUAUUAAAUUAAUCCGCAUAGAAGGAUUCAUUUGACAGUUUGACUAUCAAUUGUACACAUUUCCCAUGAUGAGUUAUCAGUUUUUAACAAAAAAAUUUUGCAUCUCUUCAUUGUCCUUUAUUUAAACAACUUUUCAUAUGAGCUUUUAGGACGAUAAUUAUUUCAAAUGCCUUAAAUUUUUAUUUACAAUACAUCUUAUAUGAAUAAUAAAUGUUAUAAAUGUCUGAUAGCAACAACAACAAUAACAUUUAUAACGGCAAAUAUCCACUUAUUUCGUCUCCAACUAUUUCCACUUCAGUCGGUUUAGGAAGUACUACUCAACAACAUACAUAUUCUAAUGUAAUUAAUAAUGAUCUAAACAACUGUACUGAUGAGUCUAAUUCCAUUGUCAUCUCAUCUAGCACUAAUGAUAUUGGUAGACUUUUAUCAUGUAUAACUUCAAAUGGAAAUUGUUAUCCUACAUAUACUUCUACUCAUCCUACAAUUCAAACACAAUUUUCUAAUGAUGUAGAAAGUGAGAUUUCUACUCAUCACCAGCAGCAAAAACAAGAAUCACCCGGUGGAAAUAAUUCAUCUACAAAUUUAUGUGGUUUUAGAAUUAAAUGUGAAGCUGAUAGUGGUUUUUCGCCGAUUGGGAAUUUGUCUGGACAAUCUGCGCCAAUCUCUAAGUCAUCGUACGAGAUGAUGUGUAACAGUAAAUCGACCGCCACUAACUCUACGUUAGAAUCUUUCUCAGGGAAAACUGAAUCAUUUGAGGAACAUGAAAUAGUUGAUGAUCAAUUUAUUGAAAAUCGGAAACUUGUCGAAACGUGUGGAUCUUUACGAGCACAUCCACAAAGCAAUAAGAUUAAUAGUAAUAAUGAUACAAAUGAAUCUAUUUCAUCUCAAUCAACAAGAUAUAUAUCAUGUUCAUCAGUGGAUCAACUUACACUACCUCAGACUAAUUUAAGUAAUCAUUUUCAUUCAGAUAAUAUUCUUAAUCCAGGAUGUAAUAACCGUAUAUUAAACAAUUCUCCAGUUCGUAUUGUAUCUCAGGGUCGACUAGAUAAUGAUAACGCAAGUGUUAACUCUUCAUCAGACUUUACAGCUGAUGCGCUUACUUUCAUUGAUACAUCAUCAACAUGUAUAAAUACAUUUGAUACAAAUGAACGUAUGCUUACGGGAACACCUGAUUUUUCUUGUUUCUUUCCUAAUACAUUAUGUGAUCCGCUGACUAAACGUUUUACUUCUAAUGGUCAUACACCAUGCGCUGGUUUUCCUGUAACUAAUCAGGCCGAUUCAAAGGUUCUAAUAGGUCUCAGUCCUCUAUCGAAAUCGCAUCGUUUAUGUUAUCCAUAUGAUGCAUAUGAACCACUGAAAAGUGAUUUCAAAGAACACUCAAAUAUAAAUAACAAUAAUACUGUUGAUAGAGCUCAACCGAAUUCUUCACCGAAUAGACUUAAAAAUAUACUAAACAGUGCAUUAUAUGAUCGUACUGGUAGUAACAAUGGGUCUAAUUCAGUUACAACGCCUAUAACUUGUAAUAAUGAUGAAGCGGUGAACUUGAUUACUGACUCUGGUCAAAAGAGUCUUGUAAAUUGUAACGAAGUUCAAUUACCAGGAUUCAGUAGUCCUGAAUCAGCUUUCUAUCAAUAUCAAAAUAAAAUGGAGGGGCAAAGAUGUCAAGUGUGUGGUGAGUUGGCAGCCGGUUUCCAUCAUGGAGCAUAUGUAUGUGAAGCUUGCAAAAAAUUUUUCAUGCGUCAUUCGAUGGCUGAUACAAAACCGACAAACGUCUGUCCAACUGGUGGCAACUGUAUAGUGGCUAAAGGUAGUCGUGGGAAAUGUCAAAUUUGUCGUUACCGUAAAUGUUUACUUGUUGGGAUGAAAAUGAAAGAUCCAGAAACUCAAUCAGAAAUCGAUAUUUCUAAUAUUCCUUGUCGAGUGUGUGGCGGUAGAUCGUCUGGAUUUCAUUUUGGUGCAUUAACAUGUGAAGGAUGUAAAGGUUUCUUUCGUCGUACGGAAGGAUCAUCUAAUUCAUUAGUUUGUGUAGGUGGUCAAAAUGCUUGCACUAUAACACCUCGAAGUAGAAAUGCUUGUAAAAGUUGUCGUUUUCGUCGAUGUUUAGCAGCAGGAAUGUCUAAAAAAGGUAGCCGAAUUGGUCGUCAACCGAAUGCAGUCAAAUUUCAUUGUGCCAUUGAAAUUAAACAACUACAGGCUAUUCGUGAUAAUUCAUCUACUUCAACAGGCGGAUUAUCACCGAGUCAAAGUUCCACAGGUUGUCCUCCAUAUAGUCAAUAUAAUCUUAGUGGAGUUGGUGGAAUUAGGAGUGGUAGUAGUGAUGCAUUAACUUCGUCCAUAAAUCAUUAUCGACAUGUAAGUCGAAGUGAUAAUGAUAAUAAUGGUGAUAAGAUGAGUCCUAAUUACAGUUCAACUGCAAUAAAUCCGAUAAAUUCUUCAUUGAAACAAGACAAUUUAUUAAUUUCGAGUGAUUGUAAGCCAACACAACCACCCUUAUCUUUAUUAUUCUUCUUACCGCCGAAUUCCAUGUCAAAUCAUCAUCAGUUAACAACAUUAAAUGAUUCGAAGUGCGCACAAUUAUCAUCUGCUUGUUAUUCAAAUAAUCAUGAUAGUGUUGAACAGGAUGAUGUUGAUAAUGAUGAUAAUGACGGCGACGAUGAUGAUAUUGAUGAUGAUGAUGAUGAAAUGCAAUCAAUUAAAUCUGAUUACAAUCUGGAAUCUGAUACAUCUUCUCUAUCGACUAAUUUGAAAUUGCAAAUGUAUAAACAUAUGCAUAUGCGAUCAUCACCACUUAACGAUUCUUCCCAAUUGGUUCGUCAUUAUUCCAAUGGAUCAUCUAGUGUAUAUGACGCUUUAGAACGACAUGCUUUGGAUCGUACCGGUGAAUCUAUCACAUUUAAUGAUGAUAGAAAUGAUUCACACCCCAUAUGUAGUAGUUCCAAUAACGGUAAUGAAGGUAGUAUUGAUCAAAACUCAGGUUACAAAACAGUCAAAUCUAUUCCGCUGCAUCAAUCACCUAUUUCAGAAUCAUCAUCGGCUACAUUUUGUGCAUCUCGUUUGCUUAAUAAUAAAAAAUUAUUAUCCUUUUAUUCUCAGGAACAUCAAUUACAAUCAUUAUCAUCUCAAUCCAGUAUCAAUUGUUCUCUGUCAUCUACCUCUUCUACUCCUACUACUACUUCCUUGUGUUCUUCUCAACGUUCCUCUUCACCUUUUUCAUUAAUCUCUUCAAAUCUGUCUCAGGUGCAAACAUGUAUAUCCACUAUACCGAAUUCAAAUAAUGAACGUGUUAAUAAGGUGAAAUUAUCUACCUCCAGCUUUUCAAACUCAACUAUCAAUACUACUGCAUGUAAUAGUACUACUACUACUCCUACACUGACAACCGUUAAUACAAAUAUAUCAUCAAACACAACAGUGGCAAAUAAUACAACUACCAAUCGUCACAAUUUCAUAAGUUUCGAUGAUCCAUCAUUUUGGGAAGACGUAGAAGAUACUUUACCAUCAAUCAAUGUAACUUCUGAAGCUGUUUCACAAUUCACUGAUGGCAUGCGUACAGCUACUGAAUUUCUACGAUUACCAAAUGCAUACUUUAAAACACGUUUUCGUAUGACAUCGAUACCACCGGAACAUCAAGAUAAUAUUAAUCAAGUAUGGGGUCAUAUGAUGAAUCAUUUUCAUAUGCACGCUCAACAGGUUGUACAAUUCGCUAAACUUGUACCCGGUAAGAGUUCGUAAUACUCAAUUAACAUUUAAAGAUGAUAUGUGUCCUGUUGUUUGCUUGCUUUUAAUACACUUUUUCCGUUGUUCGUGAUUCCUUUCUCACUAAAGAGAAGUAAUGAAUAGGUAAUAAUAAUACUUUACUUUAGCAAACAUCAUUAACUAAAUUAGUGUGACUUAUUUCAUCAAGUAAAGAUUUGUGCCCGACUUUGCUGACAUUGUUUGUAUGCGGAAUAAAGUUUCAUUAUUAAAACACAUAAACCUUAGUACAAGGAGGCAGCAAAUAUAUAUGCGACACACUUCGGUUUGUGUGAGGGCUGGAAUGUUCUCCGGGCUACGUAGCCGAAGCAGGUGGUUUUCUUAGGGUGCCACACCUCGAGCCUUCGACCCAGAAGUUUAAUCCACAAGGCAGUGGAGCAACGUUACUAGAUGCAGUCUCAUUGUACUCCAUUUGUCCCUUCAAGAUCCUGGAGCCUGUGUGUACAACAUCGAUAUGGAGUCAGAGUUUUCCAACUCCCCUAGCUGGAUCCUCCAUAUCCGCCCGGUUACCCUAAAUGUGCAUUCUACUGGUUAAUAACCAAGUGGCUAAACUACUAAGCCACCACUCCUAAUCAGUAUUGCAAUGUCGGUAUAACAUAGAGAUCAGUAUAAUUACGUCAGCGUGGGAUCACAUUCUUUUCUUUAGUUAAAAUUGCGUCUUGUUCUUCUGUAUUGUUGUAAAAACGUAGAAAAAACCGAGACCGGGUAUUCUAUAAACUAAGUACUGUUCCUAGAUGAUGGGCUCAUUAAUUGUAAAAUGAUUGUACUAGGUAUGUGAUGAUUUUUAGACUUGGAAAUUAAACCAACCGAUCUUUUCUGGAUUACUCGUCAUAAACGGUGGAGAUGUUGGAUACGUCAUGCACCACAAAGGUUUUGUGGUGCUGAUAGAUGGUUUUCACCUAUAACACCCAGCAAUAAUCGUACCCGAUUUUAUGGUUCAUAAUUCCAUUAUCGCGCCAGACCGCUCGUUUCUUAUUCCUUACGACUUUUCCACAUAUAGUAUUGGUAGAUGUGCAAUAUGGUCCUAGUUCAGUGUCAAGAUACCGGUAGUGUUGUGUUGUUUGGCCUAGCUCGGGGAACAACACAAAAAGGAUUCGUUUAAGCUGCAAUCUUCUCUAUCAAUCCAAAUAAUUGAAUACUUUGGUAUCAUAUAUAUCCACCAUAUCUUAGGACUUAGGAGAGUAAGACACUUAACUAGUAUUAAUGAUUGGUUGGUUGGUAGGAUGAAAAGGUCAGGCAAACGUGAUCAAUAAAAGUUUCCUGAUAGAGUAUACAAUAACAUACCUAUUGUGUGAAUGCAAAUCUCUUAUUGUUGUUUGUUUGUUUGUUUGUUGUUUAUUUCAUAUUGAUUCUAAUUUCUACUACCCUGUCUGGAUAUUUGUCCAACAGAUAGAUUAAAGCAAACUAAUCAAUUAAUCAAUACAUAUACAUGCAGAUUGAUACGAAUACAACGACGAAAUUACUCUCUGUUGUCUCAUUUUCUCUAUUUUAUGAUGUGAUGUGGUCUGUCUUCUCUUUGUUGAUGCGGCACUGUUACUGCCUAGUUUUUAAAACUGUCCAGCUAUAAUAAUAGUCAUACAUUAACCAGUGUUCAUUUUUAGUUAUUAUCAUUAUAUCAAUCAUAUUGUAAUUAUCAGUUAUGUCAUGCAUCAGCUAACAACUUGAUCAUAAGUUAUUAUAAACAAUGAAGUUAGGUAACCGUAAUAAAGCUGAGAUAUUUCAACUGUUGUGGACAAAUUUUAAGAAAACCCAUUGAAAAUUCAUUUAUUUCGAAGUAGGGAGGGGAAACAGUUAUACUAUGUAAUAUUUUCGUUCGGUAAAACGAUUCGCUUUUGCUCCUUAAAAUCCGUUCUUUUUCUAAACAUCAAUUAUCCUUGAAAAUGUUAUGCUUUAUGUAUAUCUAGCACGGUAAAUAUAAAAUUUGAUGAUGUAACUCAUUUACUAUUCAUAAUUUUGUAUAUUCAACUUUGAGACAAACUUUAUGUGUGACGGUUAGUGGUACUAUCCUUCUGCCAAACUAAAAGUAGACGAAGUGACACUAGGAUUUUCUAUUUAGUAGCUGAACGUUGAACACCUCAUAACUGCUCCUCGGAAACUAACAAGAUAAUGUUUUGAAAGGGAACACGUUAACUCAUGGCAU